AGGAGGAGCGGCUGCGAGCGCGGGAGCCGAGCAGCAGCGAUGCCGGCAGCGGCGGGGGACGGGCUCCUGGGCGAGCCGGCGGCGCCCGGGGGCGACGGGGGCACGGAGGACGCAGCCAGGCCGGCGGCGGCCUGCGAGGGAAGUUUCCUGCCCGCCUGGGUGAGCGGCGUGUCCCGCGAGCGGCUCCGGGACUUCCAGCAUCACAAGCGCGUGGGCAACUACCUCAUCGGCAGCAGGAAGCUGGGCGAGGGCUCCUUCGCCAAGGUGCGCGAGGGGCUGCACGUGCUGACCGGAGAGAAGGUCGCCAUCAAGGUCAUCGAUAAGAAGAGGGCCAAAAAGGACACCUAUGUCACCAAGAACCUGCGACGAGAGGGCCAGAUCCAGCAGAUGAUCCGCCAUCCCAACAUCACGCAGCUCCUGGACAUCCUAGAGACGGAAAACAGCUACUACCUGGUCAUGGAGCUGUGCCCCGGCGGUAACCUCAUGCACAAGAUCUACGAGAAGAAGCGCCUGGAUGAGUCCGAAGCCCGCAGAUACAUCCGGCAACUCAUCUCUGCGGUGGAGCACCUGCACCGGGCUGGGGUGGUCCACAGAGACUUGAAGAUAGAAAAUUUGCUACUGGAUGAAGACAAUAACAUCAAGCUGAUCGACUUUGGUUUGAGCAACUGUGCCGGGAUCCUGGGUUACUCGGACCCAUUCAGCACACAGUGUGGCAGCCCAGCCUACGCUGCCCCAGAGCUGCUCGCCAGGAAGAAAUACGGCCCCAAAAUCGAUGUCUGGUCGAUAGGUGUGAACAUGUACGCUAUGUUGACCGGGACCCUGCCUUUCACAGUGGAGCCUUUCAGCCUGAGAGCCCUGUACCAGAAGAUGGUGGACAAAGAGAUGAACCCCCUCCCCACCCAGCUCUCCACAGGGGCCAUCAACUUCCUGCGCUCUCUCCUGGAACCAGACCCCGUGAAGAGACCGAAUAUUCAGCAAGCACUGGCAAAUCGCUGGUUAAAUGAGAAUUACACCGGGAAAGUGCCCUGUAAUGUCACCUAUCCCAACAGGAUUUCACUGGAAGACCUGAGCCCCAGUGUGGUGCUGCAUAUGACUGAAAAGCUGGGAUACAAGAACAGCGACGUCAUCAACACGGUGCUCUCCAACCGCGCCUGCCACAUCUUGGCCAUCUACUUCCUGUUAAACAAGAAACUCGAGCGCUAUUUGUCGGGGAAAUGUGACAUCCAAGAUGGCAUCUGCUACAAGACCCAGCUCUACCAGAUAGAGAAGUGCAGAGCCACCAAGGAGCCCUACGAGGCCUCCCUGGACACCUGGACAAGAGACUUUGAAUUCCAUUGUGUGCAGGAUAAAAAGCCCAAAGAACAAGAGAAAAAGGGCGAUUUUCUUCAUCGUCCAUUUUCCAAGAAGUUGGACAAGAGCCUACCCUCUCACAAACAGCCCUCAGCCUCGCUCAUCACGCAGAUCCAGAGCACCAAAGCCCUCCUCAAAGACCGCAAGGCCUCCAAGGCAGGCUUCCCGGACAAAGAUUCCUUCGGCUGCCGCAAUCUUUUCCGCAAAACUUCCGAUUCCAAUUGCGUGGCUUCUUCUUCCAUGGAGUUCAUCCCUGUCCCACCUCCCAGGACACCCAGGAUUGUAAAGAAACUAGAGCCACACCAGCCAGGGCCGGGAAGUGCCAGCACCCUCCCCAAGGAAGAGCCCCUGCUGCUGGAUAUGGUCCGCUCCUUCGAGUCCGUGGAUCGCGAGGACCACAUAGAGCUGCUGUCCCCUUCCCACCACUAUAGGGUCCUGAACUCACCUGUGAGCUUGGCUCGUAGGAAUUCCAGUGAGAGGACACUCUCUCCGGGCCUGCUGUCUGGAAGCACAUCGCCUCUCCAAACUCCACUGCAUUCCACGCUGGUCUCUUUCGGCCACGAAGAUAAGAACAGCUCCCCGAAAGAGGAGGGUGUGUGUUCCCCUCCUCCCGUUCCCAGCAAUGGCCUCACACAGCCUCUGGGGAGCCCCACCUGUGUGAAGAGCAGGGGAAGGUUCCCCAUGAUGGGCAUUGGACAGAUGCUGAGGAAGCGGCACCAGAGCCUGCAGCCUUCCUCAGAGAGGUCCCUGGAGGCCAGCAUGUCCCCAUUGCAGCCCACAGCCCCCUCCAGCCUCUCCUUUGACAUGGCCGAUGGUGUCAAGAGCCAGUGUUAACCUGGGAUGGCGAGAUACUGGGUCUCUGUAAGGACAGCAACGGACAGAGGGCCACACAUACAUCAGGGCAGGAGCAGUCAACCUCACAAGAGAACCCUCGGAUAGCUGAAACU